CUUUUCUAGAUGAGGACAUAAAGGACGAUUCAAAGUGUGCGAAAAAAGUGCAAAAAGACUUGGGAUUUCGCGCUUGGGAAGGUUGGAUGAGAAGCUGCUACCGCCGCACUUUGCCCUUUCCAAAUUGCUAGCAUUUGCCUAAGUUUGAUUUAGUUAUAGCAUAUUUUUAUAUUUUAGAUUAGUGAAAAUUGUUAAUUUAUCUACCACUAAUGGGAGUGUUUAAUUCAAUUUCCAUCCAGCUAAAAUGAGAAAACAGCGCUUCAAUUGAACAUUUAGCGACUCCAAUUCAGACGCCCGCAAGUCUUCCAGGAAUGUCUGUCGGUGUGCAAUAAGAACUCGAAAAACAUGGCGACAUACGCGAUUUUGCGUCGAAAUUCGUUUGUUUUUCUUGGGCCUACAUGCAUGUAAAAUGUGCUGUCUGAAUUUCAUCGGAAGACAAGUCCGCCUUGAUGGGGAAUGAAUAAAUCAUGCCGAUAGCACCGAAAUUGCCGAAUUUAUUCGAUCUAUUGUAUCAAUGCUUAAACAGCGCUCGGAAUCAUCUGGAUUGUAUUCAACAACGACAGCCACUGAAUGAUGACUAAAAGUCGGUUAACAAAUAAUAAAAAACGGCGGCGAUUUGAUGGCAGUUCUGAGGACGUAUUUUCAGGCUUUAAGGGCACAGGAAAUGGAAAUAAUUAAAGCAAAUUUGAGAAGA